UUUUGAUGAGUCUUGUUAAAAAAAGCUUUGUCCAAUGAGAGACAGAGUUUCUGCGUCUCACUGAGUCCACAGAUGAGAGGUAUAUAAAUGGAUAGUGGAUAUGGAUUGCUUUGCUCUGGAGAGUUAAGGCUUGGAUACACAAAGUUCUCAGGCGGCGUCAAGAUGGGGAUUGAAAAGCAAGUCAAGGUCACCAGUGGGGCAGUGCGCUAUGGCGCCUCAUAUGGAGGCAAUAGACUCUUCUCAAGCAGCAGAAGUUCUGGCAGGUCUGGGUUUGGAGGAGGCGGCUUUGGAGGUGGUUUUGGAGGAGUAGGGCUCUCCAGAGCCGUUGGGUUUGGAGGAGGAGGCGGUGGAGGUUUUAGCCACAGAGGUGGAUAUGGUUUUAGUGCAGGUGGUGGUUUCAGAGGUGGAGCAGGCUAUGGAUUUGGCGGAGGUGCAGGGUUUGGAGGGGGGUAUGGAGCUGGAGGCGGGUAUGGAGCUGGUGGGGGGUUUGGAGGAGGUGCGGGAGCGGGUUAUGGUUUAGGAGGAGGAAUUGGAGCUGGAGGUGGAAGAUUGGGGGGAGCACUAGGAGUUCUUAAAGCCCGUUUGGGAGGUAGAGGAUUUAAGGUCGGUAGCUAUGGCUUCGGCCCCUCACUCUUGUUUGGAGCAAGGCCAGGAUUUGGUGGACCAGGCGGUCCUGGGGGCCUCCCCGACAUCCCCUCCAUUGACCCAUCCCUGCCCUCUGUGGACACUGUCCAGGUGACCCGCCUAAAGGAGAAAGAGGAACUCCAGCACUUGAACAACAAGUUUGCAUCCUUCAUUGACAAGGUAAGGACCAGAACAAUCUGGAUCUAGAGAGGAUACAGGGUUUAAAGAACCCCUCUCACCUUUUCACUUAUAACAUGUUUCUGCUGUAUGUGUAAGAAUAGCACAUCUUCGAAUACUUUUAUGCAAGAAGGAAGUGAUAUUGCUUACAUUGAUAUUGCACUACAUCAAAGCAAUCAUUAAUUCUUCCAUUUGCAGUAGACUUAUGCUUCUAUACCUAUCACUGGUCACAGAAGAUUUUAUUCUCAAGAGCUAAUCACCUUUUAGAGAUUCUACUGGUUCAUAAAGUAUAGGGUUACAUGGUUCUUUAACAUUGAAAUGCCUGAUUGUGGCUUAAAACUAUAUAUUUUCAGUUGGUCAUCAUUUGGAGAUUACUGCCACAGAAUGAAUCAAUGUGUAUCUCUUUAUUUUUGAAAAGUAUAACCUUCAAAACAUUUUCUCCAAAUAGCUACAGACUUACAUAUAAAUUGAACAUCCUCACUCUUCUUUUAUGGCAAGUCUACAGUGUUUUGCCUUUUUAAUGUAGUUGAUACUGUCAUGAGCCCACUGAAUAAGAAAAGUAUUUGUAUGCAUUCAUACUGUGUUGAAUUAAUUAGUGAAUGAUAUCAAGGGUUAUUUUAGGACACUUGGUGAUUCUUAAGAAGUUUCCUAUACAGUGUCAUCUGUCUAUCUCAUCUUCAUAGCAUGGAGAGGCUUUUAGGAGAUUUUGACUGAUUACAUUGACAUCAGUGGCACUUCUUUAUGUAUGUCUCUCACCAAAUGUGGGGGAUAUUUAUUUAAUCACUAAAUGUCUCUACAAGGUUAUAGUAUUAGUGCGUUGCUCAUAUCUCUUUGGAACACAAAAUAUUAAGAAAUAUAAGUCGCUGUAGCAAUGCAGUAUUUAGUGAACAAUACAUGCAUUAUUAAAUAUGUUUGUCUCCAAUUUAAAGAAAAAAAAAACCACACCUCAGCUCAAUUUAAUUUCCCCAUCAUUGAUUAGAAUUGCAUUUUAUUAGAAUAGCUGGUGGAAUGCAAUAGAAAAUAAUAUAUGCAUUUCCUUUACGCCUGUGAGUUCUAGAAACAUUAAUUCUUUGAGUUGUUUUUUUUUAUUUGCAUUUUUUAUUAUUCAUUAUUUGUUGGGUUUCUAUAGCACUUUUACCGAUUCUCUGUGUUUUCUCCAUUUACAGGUCCGCAGCUUGGAACAGCAAAAUACCAUACUUAAAGCCCAGAUUUCUGUAUACAAUAGAAGUGACCCAAGUGGUCCAGCAAACACCUCUGUAGUGACAACCACUGCUGUUGCUGGCUACAAGGCACAGAUUGAUACUUUAACCCAAACCAAACAAGCACUGCUGGCAGAAAUUGAUCACUACAAGCACAUUAUUGAGGAAGUGCAAGUGAAGUAAGUAAAAUACUGUCACUGAUAAAAAAAAAUUAUAAUUAAUUAACAGGACUCAAUGGGCACCAAAACAACUUUAUCUUAAUGAAGCAGUUUUUCUGUAUAGAUCAUGCCUCUGCAGUCUCACUGUUCAAUUCUCUGCCAUUUAGAAUUUCUUAUCUCCUGCUCUGUUAAUAGCCUUCUAGACCCUGCAGGAGCCUCCUGGCUGUGAAUAAAGUACAAUUUGCAGAGCAGAAGAUAAAACAUCUAAAGCAAGUUUACAGCUGAUUUAAAUCAAAACCAUUUUUUUCAUGCAGACUGUGUCAAUCACAGCCAGGGGAGGUGUGGCUUAGGCUGCAUAAACAUAAACAGAAUUGAUAUGCCUAAUAAAUGGCAGUGAACUAAGCAGUGAGACUUUAGGGGCAUGAUCUGGACACAAACACUGCUUCAUUAAGCUAAAGUUGUUACUAUAUUUAUAGUGUCACUUUAAAUUAAUUUAGAGUCUCAUCUACUAGGUCUCUAAAAGGUAUCUAAAAUGAUUGAUUUCAAAUUUGCAUUUGAAUAUAAUUUUCUGAGCUAUCACAACUAAAGCUGACAGUGAUUUAUCAAGCAGUCAUACUGAGUGAAAGACAUGCGACAUCCAACAUACAAACAUCUUCGAACACAUCCUUUAAAUAGAAGGGAAAAACACACACCAGUAAAAACAAACAUGCGUAAAUGAGAAAUACCACCUUACACAAGGAAUUAUAUCCAAUUAUUCUAAAAAAGUUUCAAUUGGUUGAUGUUUUUCAAACACUUAGAAACAAGGAAUAAAAAUAAUUGAUCAGAAUGCUUACUAUAUAAAUAUUGGACUUAAAGGGUCAAAGAAAGUUAUCAGUCCAAGUUUUGAAAAUAAGGUGAAUUAAAGCAGUAUCUGUAUAUUUUUGGCUUUUUUAAAAAAAAAUAAAAAAAUAUAUAUUAUUAAUGCUAACAUGUCUUCCCAUACAGUAACAAUAGCUUGAACAAUUACUUUUUUUCCCACUUUUAAUUUUAAACUAUAAUAAUGUAAAGCGAAAAAGUGUUGAUGUCAAAUGAGAAAAUGCUUAAUUUUCCAAUUUAAAAAGAUGUUGACAGUCAAACACAAAUCAUCAAUCAAUAUGUAACAAGGUCACAGUUUGAUAUUCCAGUUAUGACAAGAUAAAGAUGAUAAAUCUAGUUUCUUGAUGCACCUUACUUUUUUAAUUUCCCAGAGGUAAUGCUAAUCUAAUGCACUGUGUAUAACUCUCUCUCCAGAUAUGAGGAAGAUACAUCAGUAACAAAGACUUUGGAAGCAGAAUGGACCACACUGAAAGAGGUUAGUUUAAUGGAUUACAACGCUGCAAUACCUAACAAAGAAAUACAAUCCUUAGAUGCAAGCAGAGAUACCUAAAACAAAUUAUAAAUGCUUAUUUAAAAAUAGUAUUGAUAAUUUAAAAUAUAUAAUAAUAUACGUUAAUUUGUCAUUCAGCUACUCUCUUUAAACAUAUGCUGAACGCAUUUGAUUUUUAUAUAUAAUUCACACUGAUUAUUCUUCAACACAAUUCCUUAAAUCUGCUAUUUACAACUGGAUUAUCCAUGAUGAUCAACCAAACACAUUUAGAAGCCACUUGAAAACACUAGCUACACACAGCUUACAUUACAUGCACUUAGAAGGUAUUGCAAGGACCUACUUUGCCCCUAUGGGCUCUACAGCACCAUCUGGUGUUUGGAAUCUACAAGAACUUAUGCAAUGUUACAAGAAAGUACAAACCAAAUGGGAAAAGCAAGGCUUAUGACUUGACUGGUGUGUGCAGAUCUGUGUUUAACAAUGUAUUGACUAUCUAUUAAGAAAGAAAUGAGACAUUCAAUGAUCAUACAUAGUAUAGCUCUACCCAAGACAGGCCUGAUUUUCAUUAGAUAUUUUUAUAUUAGUUCAUUUAUGUUCAGUUUUCAUUUUAUUUCACGUUUACAAUUCUAUUUCUUUCCCAAUUUUAACAGGAUGUGGAUCACUUGUAUUUGACUAUCUUCGACUUGCAGACAAAACUUACCGGAGUUGAAGAUCAAAUAACCCUUUCCAAACAAAUAUAUGAUGCUGUAAGUAAAAACGAUGAUUACUAAAGACUGUAUUUCGUUAUUAGAACGCCAGAUUUGUAUGAGGCACAAGGUUCACAUUAUAGAGUGCAAAGAGUGGGAGACAGAAAUGUUUUAAAAUAUUAUUACCAUUUAAACAUAUCUUGAAAAAAACAAGUUUUAAAGUUUUUUUUUUAAGUUUUAAAGAGUCCAUACAGAUGUUUAAACUGCAAUUGGAUAAGUACUUACACAAACAUAACAUACAGGGAUAGCAUUUCUAAUUAGUGGGAUAAUAACUGCUUGAUCCAAGGAAAUAUCUGACUGCUAUUUUGGGGUCAAGAAGGAAUUUUUUCCUAGUUUGUUGCAAAAUUGGAAGCGCUUCAAACUAGGUUUUUUUUGCCUUCUUUUGGAUCAACAGCAAAAACAUAUGUGAGGAAGGCUGAACUUGAUGGACGCAAGUCUCUUUUCAGCUAUGUAACUAUGUAACUAUAUACAUACAUAAUGGUAUCCAGUCUUGAUAUUUUAGGUACUACAAUUAUGUAAUUCUUAAUUAUCCCAAAAAUACAGAAUGUUUUGCAAUUCUUACUAUUGAAAAUUGUGUGUUAACCUGUUUCUGUGUCAACCUGUUUCUUUUUGUUUUUGUGUAUUUUCUAUGCAGAAAGUCAGAGAAGUGCAGACUCUUGUUACAGGUGGAACAAAAGCAGCCAUUUCCAUCUUAUUCGAUAACUCUGCCCAGGCCGUAGACCUUACAACAGCCAUUUCUGAUAUGAAACUACAAUAUGAAUCUCUAGUUGCAAAGACCAAGCAGGAUGCCUUUGCCGCAGCAGAAAGCAAGGUACGUGUAUCAACUCUAAAAAGUCUCUGUCUCUGGCAAGAUAACAGCAAUAUUCUUAUUUUCAUAUUGGACUUGCAAACAUGUGGGUUGAAUUUAUGGUCAAGCAAUUCCUCUAUUUAUCUUUUCAGUAAAAUGUCCAUUACAUUAUUUUAUUGUAUCUUUGUGUACGUCAAUUAAUGUUAAUCCUAACCAGUUUAUUAAUUUUGAUUAUAUGAAAAGUCACUUGCUUCCUACCUCUUCCUAAUGUUUUGGCUAUUCUCUGUAUAUAUGAUGUUGAUUCUUGCUUUUCACAAUGUUUUUUUUUUUUUUCAAACUUGAAGUAGUUUUGGAAAAAUUGUGUUUAUUGUCGCAACACAAGAGCACGGGGCUUCAUAAUGAUGAGGCAUGAAUACUUUGUUUUACAUGUUCUGAGCAGAACUAGCAUUUAAAAAAUAAACAAAUAAAAAGAAAUGGAAAAGAGAUGUAAACUUUAUAAAUGUGACAUAACUGAAAUAUAAAUAUAUUAGUUUUGUUUCAAAUUAGUUCAGUGGGCUAAUGCAUCAUCAAUAGAAUCUGCUCUAACUCUUGAGGGUCACAGGUUCAAAUCCUGGCAGGGUUGACUCAGCUCUUCAUCCUUUAGAGGUGGAUAAAAUGAGUACCAUUAAAUUGAGUAAUAGUGACAUCCCAAGCAUGUACUUGAAAACCAGAGUAAUCUGAAUGCACCUUUCCUUGUUAAAUACUUUGUUAUUAUUUGUGCAGAUCAUUUUGGCAUCUGGAUCUUUACAACAACCAACCGUAUAUGCCCUGACAUCUUACAAAGAAGAGCACAGGAUGCUGAAACAGCAGGUGGAAUCCAUACAACGUGAAAUAGAGCGUGUUAAGACAGUGGUAAGAGUUUUUGGUAUAUGAUAGAGGAGUUAAAAAACAUCCAAUGUAUCUCUAUCUACUGGAUUACAUUGUCUCAUUCUAGCCUAUCUUAAAAAUAAGAAUUUAUCAACUAUGGUUUAUUAUUUUAAGAUAAAUAAUGGACAGAUGUAGGAUAGCUAAAGCCCAUAACGGCUGAAAAUUGAGUCUUUGUGCUCUUGAUUAUUUUUCUUAAAAUAUACCAUGGUCACGCACUUAUUUUUUACCGCAACACCCAGAAUGUAAUAAUCUCUGUGUUUUUUUUUACAGAACAUCCAGAUAGAAUCUCAGAUAUCAGAGGCAGAAACCAGCACAUCUGGUGAGACAGACACAUAUCAAGAACAAGCUUCAGCCCUCAAGUCCCAGUUAGAUGACAUCAGAAAGGUGAGAUAUUCGGUUGCACGCAUCCACUGGUUUCCAUUCCAUUGGUAUUUAGAAAAAUAGGACUUUAUAUGACUUGGUUUUGCCCAACAAGCAUACAACAAAAUUAUGGUCAACCGUUAAAUCUCAAAAGCACUUGAAAAUUCAAGGGAUCUCUAAUUUGUAUGUUUUGGGUUUUUGUUAAUGUACUUCUAAUUAACUUUUCAAAAUCAAUUCACCUUUAUCUUGAAUUCUCACCUCUUAGCAAAUUGCUCACUAUGGCCAAGAAUAUCAAGAUCUCUUGGCAGUGAAGAUGGGAUUAGAUGUUGAAAUUACUGCCUACAAGAAACUCAUGGACAGUGAAGAGCUAAGGUAAAUAUUGCUUAUUUUAUGAGAUGAAUGGUGGCUCACAUAAUUCCACAGUAUCUCUUGUGUAAAGAGAGUAGAGCUUCACAAUAGUGACACAAUCUAUCUUUUACUUAAAGUUUCAACGUGCAAUUCCUGUAAUGAAUCAUUAUUUUCAUCCUGUAAUUAUUACACUCUUAUUGAAAUAUAUUUUAUGGGGGGAGGUUUUUAGUUACUUUUUGCAGUUUACUUAAUUUGCUAAAGAAUAUAGUAAUUUAUCCUACCCUUGAGGAACAAAGCAAUCCCAAUGUUCUUUCUUGUAGGAAGCAUCUAGCACAACAUAUUCGAUUGCAUUUUCUAUACAGCCCCACAUUUCUGGUUUUUAUUGUCAAUGUGAAUGUAAAUUUCAAGCUGCCAUGCCAUGAACAGCUAUUUCCAUAGACUGAGGUGAUUGAUAGCAUAGCAUAUUAUAAAUUAAAUAGAUCUGAUAGAAAGAACGGAAACAUAAAAGUAGGAACAGCACCGAUUAAUUGGUUCUGAAACUAUCAUAUUGAACAGAUAUCUAAGGAAGCAUUCUGCAUAGUUAGACUUAUAUUGAAUACAGAACAAAAUAACCAUGCAAAUAUAUCAAUUUUCUAUAGAGAAAUAAAUGACCAUACCUGUGAUUCAAGCAAUUGGAUUUAUUGAAAUUUGUCAACAUUUUGUAUUUGGUCAAUGGUCACAGCUUGGCUGUGAUUCAAGCAAUUGGAUUUAUUGAAAUUUGUCAACAUUUUGUAUUUGGUCCAUGGUCACAGCUUGGCUGUUUUAACAAACAUUUUUCAAUCCACUUUUCUGUCUAAUAUAAAUUGGUGUAUAUGAAUUUAAUCUUAAUGUAUUUUAAUAGAUUUCUAUCGUAUUUUUAUCAUUGUUCUGAGACAAGAAAUUGGAACACUAGGCUAUUGAAAUACAAUGCAAAAAUACAUGUGUGUGUUUAUAUAUAUAUAUAUAUAUAUAUAUAUAUAUAUAUAUAUAUAUAUAUAUAUAUAUAUAUAUAUAUAUAUAUAUAUAUAUAUAUAUAUUUAUAUAUAUAUAAAACAGAAAAAAUUCAUAUCUUGUAAUACCUUUUUUAUUGGACUAACAGAAUUUCUUAAUGACAAGCUUUCGGGAGAAUCUCCCUUUCUCAAGUCUGAAGCAAGACGACACAUAGAAUUCAAAGUUGAAUUGUGAUACAGAGGUUAAAGCGACAUGAGUGUAGAUAAGACACAGGUUUCAUAAAUAACUUUCUGAAGAGUGAGGGGGGAGAGAGGGACACUUUAACAAGCAGACAGUGCAAAGGAUGGUACACUUUAUACAUGCACACACACAAAUAUGUAUAUGUGAACACAUAAACACAUGUACAUAAACAUAUACAUAAACACAUAUACAUACAUGCACAUGAACUCAUAUACACAAAUAUAAAUGCACAGUAAUAUAUAUAAGCAUAUAGUAAUAUAUGGGAAAGCAUAGGUCUACGCAUAGCACUUUGUAUAUUGAUAGAAUAAACAUAUAGGAAUGUAUUUUGAAGUGUUGAUACAUAUGACAGAACAGUAAGAUAAUGCUGAGAGAAUGUUCAUGUAAAGUGUUGGUAGUGGGACAGGAAACCCAAAUCAAUAGUUAGUCAUCUAUUCUUGCUGUUAAACCAUUUAAUCAUUCUGGCUUCAAAAGUUUUAUAUAUAUAUAUAUAUAUAUAUAUAUAUAUAUAUAUAUAUAUAUAUAUAUAUAUAUAUAUAUAUAUUUUUACUGUUCUAUGUGGAGUCAUAGAGGGGAUCACUAUUGAUAGUUGGCUAUACAAAGAGCUGAGAGUAGACUCAGUAAUGAGCUAUCACUGUUGCAACUAUGUAAAAAUGUGAUUGUGCAUAGACUGACCCUUUAAUAAUAUAGGUCACUUAUUGGUAGGUAGAUUAAUUUCUGAAUGAGUGCAGCACAAUUGCCAUUGUGUCUAUUUCUGUAUUUGUUUUACUUUGAAAGCUAUAUUGCUUUGUAGUCGUGUAUUACUCAAGGUGGCAAUAAAGCCUUGCUAUAUGUUUAGCUUUUAAUUCACCAGUUACAGCAGGAUGAGCCAUGUUAUAGAGCUAUACUACACCUAAAGAACAGCACAAGGGAUGGAGAAAGAUUAAUAUCACACGGGGCCCUUUCAUUCUUCACAAAGGCAUGUGAGGACAAGCAAAUUCAUGCUUUCAGGGUCCCUAUCCAACCCAUGGGCCCUAGGUGGCUCCCUAAGGUCGACCUAUGAUUAAUCCUACUCUCAAUUCAGUAUUUAUUGGAAAAACUAAAUUUCCAUUUGUGGCCUUUUUGAAAUUUGAUAUCUGUGACAUGGUUAUGACAUUAAAAGUACAAAUAUGUUACAAUAUAUAUUAACAAAUUAGAAUCUGCGAUUGAGUUUACUGCCGGUAGUUUGUUUUUUCCUUAACAUCGUGUUUUGUUUCAGACAAGAUCUUUGCUUUAAUGUGUUCCUUCUUUGUGUAUUUGUCAAUGUGUGUCUAAAAAUAGCUGUGCUGUAUUCCAGUAAAAUAUUACUGCUGAUGAUAUAUAGAAACUCACACCACAGAAGCCAAUGCAUUGUGUUCUAUGCAGCUCCUGUUUGCUGACUUGUAUUUUUUUUUUGUCAACGCGGUAGAACAAAUACACUAUUCCCUAAUCAUUCCAGUUAGAAGGGGGGGGGGGGGGGGAGAGAUAGAUGAAACAAGGAUAGUGAAUGGCAUUGCAUAACAUAGAAGUGUGCCAAUCCCAAAAUAUAUGUACAAAACAUUAUCCUGUUCAUUAAGACGCACACACAUACACAUGCACAGACACACAUUUAUACACAUAUAUAGAAUAUGUGGGACAACCUUAUCUCAAGGGUCACAUUUAUAUUCAUUUUAAAUGGAUUGCUUGUUUCAAUUAAUAUAUCAAAUUUAAUAUAUGCAGCAUGACCUACAUGUAGGUUAUUUUGAACCAUGUAUGUCAUGGUAUUUGUACUAGCAUUCCUUUUUUUAUUUAAAAAGUACAUGUAUCUCUUCAUAUCAGUGAUUAACUUACCCCAACUCACAAAAGCAGUGUUUUGCUGACUUAAAGAGUUACUGUAUCCCUUUUUAAAAACAUCUCUUUUUUUAAAUAUUCAAUGUACAUUCCAAUAUUGCAUAGCAUUUCAAGCUAGCACCCGCCAAGACCCUAGAAUAGUGACAAAAGACUUUAACAUUUACUUGCAAUCCAGGACCUGGCAGAUUCCCGUGCUGAACUCCACUCCCACGUCCUACAUCACCAAGGGCCUUGCAAGGUCCAAAUCAAGGCUUCUCAUGGACUGUUUUGCCAGUUUUGGGGACAAAAGGAGGUGGGAGGAAAAGAGGGAGUGAUUUUGAAAAAAAUAAAUAAAACAGCUAUCUGAGCUAUGGUGGGAGGCCGGAGGAAGCAUAUAAAGCGAGGGGAGAGCAAGCAUGCCCCAGCAGACUGAAUCCAAUAUGGACUCCUACCACCGUGACCAUUUCAAAUCACUCAAGUGGUCACGGUGGUUGGAGUAAACCUUUAGCACUUCAAGAGGCUUUUUAUUAACUCUUGUUAGAAGCAAAUUGCAGUUUAGGUUACUGUUAGGUAUGAUUGAUAUUUUACCUUGGUGAUAAUUAGUUUUGCUCUUUAUUGCCUUAAUUCAUCCCUAUCAUCCUGCAGUGUUUUCCUUUUAGUUUUUGUUUAAAUAAAUAAAUAAAUAAAUCUACUGUUCAUGAAGUCAUUAUUUAGAUUUCCUGAGAGUUGCAGGUCAGCUCUUUCUAAAGCAUAUAGCUAACAAGUAAACUGCAAUUUUCAGAAACCCUUACUGUACCAACGAAACAAUCACUUAUGGCUGAAGAUUAUAAAAUCUACAAUAAAUAUAAUUCACUUACUUAAGUGAGAACGUUUCUUUGGAUAUUUUAAGGCAUUUACAGAGCAUUGCUCUACACACUUGGUACUGAAUGACUAAUGGAGUGGUUUGGCUCUGGUUUGCCCUUUUAUUACUGGAAUUGUUUAAGAACAUUGGAUUUUAAAAUAUUAGCUGGCACAAUAUGUCUUACAUAAAUCAAUGAAUUUUCAUCUUAGUUCCUCAGAAAAUUGUUAUAGCUGAGAGAAAGCUGUAUAGAGUGUUUGUGCAUCUGUGUAUGUGGUUAUAUAAAAAAAAUAGUGCUCUUAAAAGCUACCUUAAGUAUUUCAAUUGAGGCAGUCUAAAAAUUCAAAAAAUUAACUCUGUGCCAACCCUUUCUCUUUUCCAGACUCAACAGUGGAAGUAGCAUCACUGUGCACAUGUCUAAAUCAUCUCUAGGAGGAGGUGGAGGUGGAGGUGGUGCUGGAGGCGCUGGAUAUGGCUUGGGAGGUGGCCUCGGUGGUGGCUUUGGCGGAGGUUAUGGUGGUGGCUUGGGUGGUGGCCUAGGAGGAGGUCUAUCAACAAGCUUUGCAAGUGGCCUAGGAGGAGGCCUAGGAGGAGGCCUUGGUGGAGGCCUAGGAGGAGGCCUUGGAGGUGGUUUUUCUCUAUCUAGUGGUCUUGGCGGAGGCAGUGGCAUUGGAUUUGGAGGAGGCGGCUAUGGUGGAGGACUAUAUGGAAGCCUGAAUUCAAGCUCAAGUAAGUUUGAGACUUUAUAUAGCAAUGUAUAAUAUUAUGUACAUUUCAAUGUUAAAAUAGAAAGAAUUUGAGAAGCAUGGGCUCAGCUCACAUUCCAGCACUGUAGUAGUAGUAUAGCAGACAGGGAUAGAAAUAGUACAUGAGCAUAUUAGCAGCUUACAACAUGUCUUGAAGAAGGAUGGCUGGUUUAAGCCAAUCCUAUUAUAUUGACAAGCUGAAACAAGUUUUAAAUGCUGCCUUCAUUUUGUGAAACUACAUUCUAGGGAAAGCAAGCAGAACCUCUACAAAUACUUAUAAGCAGGUAAUUUGGACAGUUAUAUUAAUAUUGCAGAGGAGUCACAAAAUUGAUAUUUGCCUUCCAAUGCUAAUUUCUCAUUGGCAUUUUAAUUAUUGUUGUCAGAACUGAAAGACCAUAGAUACUGUGUAAUCGCUAACACUUUAUAACCCAAUAUUUCUUCAAAGGACCAAUAUAUGGACAUAAGCAGUAUGAUUUGAUUCUUAAAUUUAAUCUGAAAUUGUUAAUUCAUUAAAUCAGGAAUUGUGGAUAACACAACUGAGGUGAAAAAUUAUGAUUUCUUUUUUUUUGUUUUUACAUUUCUUUUGGCUUAAAUGUGUAGUUAAAAUAGUGUUUCCACAAUUCCUGAUAUAGCAAAUAAACUAAAGUAAAGUGCUGCUAUGAUACAACCAAAAAAUAAAUCCAUAGAAGAAAUAUUAAAAAAAUUACAUUUUCUUUUCAUGCCUUUUACCAGAAUGAAAAUGAGACAGACAGACAGACUAGUGGCGGUUUGUUUUGUUUACGCCCAUUGUAUGAAUAUGAGAUAAAUGACAACAUGGAUUAAAUAUCUUCUAUAUGGCUGUUAAUAUGUAUAUACUUUUUUCUAGUAUCCACCUCUACCACCUAUUGAAGAGGGCUAAUGGCUAAACAUCUACGAUGAAUGUUUGAGAACUUGCAUUACUGCGUGAAGAUUUCAACACAACCAGAUUUCGUAAACGCAAUGUUUUAUGUCUGCACUUAGCUUCCAAGAAGACAAUCAAUGCUUAACAAUUCUUUACUUGAUAUUUUCUUAUAACAAGGGAACCUUUGUUAUAUAUUUUUUAAUCUGCUAAGUAAUCUUGCGGUUAAGAGGUGCUUUUUUUCCCCCUGUUUGUUUCUAAAUACUGACCACCUACUUUCAACAGAAUGAAAGAUAAAUUAUACAUGUAACCAAGAGCCUGCCACAUAAAUCUCUAAUUACUAAACUGCAGGAAGUUUGGCUUUUAAGGGAUUUCUCACUGAGUUAUGGACUGCUGAACAGAAAAAGGACAGGACUGUAUUUGUCAGGCUGAAAAUGUACAAUAAUAGAAACGCAGUAUAAAUGAUUACUGUGAUUGACGGACUGCCAACUUUCGAAAAGCUGCAAUUUCAUGCUAAACAUACCAUGUACUAUUCCUAUUAAAGGAGUUUAUUACAAUCUCCUACAGAGUCCUUGUUGUAAAACAUUUAGCAGAUUCCUGAGCAGAAUAAGGGCUUUUUUUUAAAUUGUAAAGAAAUCUGAAAAAAAUAAAUAAAAAGCAUUUCUUAAAUUUC